UCAUGUCGUCGUCCUCAUCGCCGUCGUCCCGGAUGGUUGCUGACAUGCCCGGUGGAAAGUGCUCCCUGAGGAGAGGCAAAGAGAAGCGAAAGAAGCGAGUCCUGAGCAUCCCCCUCAGCCUGCAGGUGGACGAAGAGAAGUGCCGGCACAUCCGGAAGCAGUACCGCCGCCUCAUGCACACGGUGCAGGAGCAGCGCGACGACAUCGUGCACACGGCCAGCGACCUGCUCACCGAGGCCCUGCAGGAAGCCGACGAGCUCUUCGACAGCGUCAGCCGCACCCGGGAAGCCGCCCUCGACGCCCAGUUCCUGGUCCUGGCCUCCGACGUGGGUAAAGAGAAGGCCCACCAGCUGAACGCCGAUAUGUGCGUGUUCAAUCAGGCGGCGUUCCGCGGCUUACUGCUCGUGUUCGCGGGGCUCCACGGGCUGGAAGAGAAAAGGCCCGACUUAGGCCACUGCGACGAACUCGUCGCACGCACCUUCUGGGAGCAAGUGCACCGGAAAGCCACCCCCUGGAUGCUGCGAGCCGAAACCUUCCACUUCGUUUUCGGGUCCUUCCGACCCGAGCCUUCUGCCCGGAAGCCCCGCCAACGGAAGAGAGUUCAGAGACCCGACGAGGGAGCUAGAGACAUGCCCACGAAGCUGAGGGCAGGGGACCUGUGCAGUGAUCAAGUGACCACCGAAAUGGAAGUAGAGAGAAUCCUGGGCUUGCUGCAGACCUACUUCAGACAGUACCCGGAUACUCCUGUGCCCUAUUUUGAGUUUGUGGUUGAUCCAAACUCUUUUUCUCGCACUGUGGAGAAUAUGUUUUAUGUUUCUUUCAUCAUUAGGGACGGUUUUGCAAGAAUAAGGCUUGACCAAGACAGGUUGCCAAUACUCGAGCCAAUUAAUAUGAACCAGAUGGAGGAGGAAAACGAUCCUGGUUAUCAUGGCAGGAAGCAAGGAGUCAUCUCUUUGAGUUUACAGGACUGGAAAAAUAUUGUGGCAACUUUUGAAAUUUCAGAGGCUAUGAUCACAAGCUCAUAGUAACGUUUUUGUUCUUAGAAUGGGUACAUCUUGUGGUUUUUCUAAAGUAUCCCAAAAUGGCGAGUACAAUCCAAACAGGCACAUGGUAGUGUGUGUCUUGUGAGAGAAGGAAAAAAAUUAAAAAUCCCAACUGUUUUCAAGAACAUCAGGAAAUGCUUUACUGUGUGGUGUAUUUUUCUUAAUCAUAAAGUUGUGAUCUGGAAUGGUAAACUCGAUGAGUUUCAUAGUAUCUCCUCUGUUGUUGGGAGCUGAUAGAACAUAAAGGCUCCUAUGCAGGUUGGGCGCAAGGUGAGUAAGAAAAAUGGUUAGUCCGGACAUGAGCAGGCCUGUAUCUGCAGUUCAAAAAUAAAAUAAAAUUUUAAAACGGGCUUCAUUACAGAAAAGAUUAGGUAUCCCAAAAGAUUUUGGUAUCCCACGGAGUAAAACUGUCUAUAUUCAAGUAUUAGUACAUUAGAGCAUUAAGUGUGUGUUAAGAAAUGACAAAAUCAUCUAGCAUCCAGUUACAGGCUUUAUCUCCUUUGUUAAGUACGUUUUCUGCCUUUAUGUUCUCUGGCUCUGCUUAGUUUUUUAUUUGUAAUUUCUGCCAGUAUGUAGUGUCAUCCUGAACCAGCGAUAUCCAUCACGUGAGCAACCUUGAACAUUUGUCCCAAUUCAGCAUUUCUUAAUAGAUCUUUACCUGUGUGGGAGACAGUAUGGGUAAAUCUCUGUUUAAAUAAAAAUAAGUGAUCAAUUUAUCCCAAUGUUCAUUAAUGGAUAUAGAUUUACUUUUGUUACUUGCACAUUAAGAAUCUAAAUUACCUUUUUUUUUGGAAAUUACUGUUGAAAAUAGAGGUCAUUACAAGAACAGUUUUGGAAAGGUUCAGGGACCAUACCCAUAAGCUGCUUUUCUGGAUCCCAGUGAGAGCCCAAUCCUUUGUGGUUAUGGAGUUUUGCCAUUAAUCACUUUUAUUUGGCAAGUGGCUAAGUAUCUGCAUACAGGAGGAGCUGUAACGCUUGGAUAAUAUUGCACUAAUUCCAUUGUGGUAUAAGGAAGGACUAAGAAUGACCCCAAGAUUGGGGAAGGAUUUUGCGCAUGUGUGAGGGAAGCAUCCUAACCAGAAAUAGUGGGGAUUUUUAGCUGAAACAACUUUCAGUUACUUUCUAGAGUACUGAUUCCUUCCCCUUUCUUUGUGAGGGGAGGCUGAUCUUUGCCAGUAUCUCACCCUUUGAUUUAGCAGUCAGCUCUGUUUGAUUGCGCUGACCUUCACUUUAGUUAGCAUGUCUACCAACCAAGUUUCUUGGGCUUUCCAGCAGAGGAAAGGGAUUUCUUUGUUGGUACAAAAAGAUGACCCUGCCUUAUUUCAUUAAUUUCCACCAGAUUCUCCUAUUCAGUGCCUUAGCUUCGCUUCUAGGAGUUUUCCACACUUAACAAUGAUCGAAAACAUUAGAGAAUGUAAUGGUAUUGGGGUUGGUAAUUUUGGGGGGUCUGAAGUUAAAACUUCAUUAUUUUUUGUUGUUAAAACAUGAAUUGUCUCAUCAUUUUGCAAUAUAAGUGAAUUUUUUAUUUUGACGCCGAAAAAAAGAAGAAUUAACCAAUGGAGAGGCAGAAUUUUGACUAGGUAAGAGAUUUGGUAUGGGCCAAACUCUAAAUCUGUUGGUUUUGCAUUAUAAUACAGUAGCUUAAAUUUCGCAGGCUUCAUGAAAGACAUUGAAGCUUAGAAUAAUACAGACUUUUAAAAUGAGACCUAUAUUAUGUGAAUAAUACCUGUUUCAACUUGCAGUAAGUAGAGCUUCAUUUAGAAAAUUUAUGUGACAAGUACUUUGGCUUGUCAGCUAAUGACUGUAGUAUAGUGGAAAAAGUAGACAAUUAGUAAUCAUGCAGAUCUAGAUUUUCCAUUCUUGGGUCAUGACAAAUUACUUAAUCUCUAUGGGCCCCUAUGUUGUCUUUUAUAUGCAACGAGAAUGACAUUUGCGUAGAAGACUUUGUUGAGAAGAUGAAUGGGAUCAUGUAAAUAAAAC